AAUGGCAGUUGAGAUCAAAUGGCUUGAAGUGUCGUAACGUGACGGACACUCAGGCAGUGUGAAUACACCUUGACGUGAUGGUAACAUGAGAUGACGGUUUCUCGACGGACAGCGUGAAUUGGCCUCUAAACUCUCGGUGAAACAAAUAUUACGUAAACAUGGCAGAGAAGUGGAUUGGUUAUACUGUAUCUAUUGACUGUGGUGACACUCUGGGAAAAUACCAGGGGCAGAUAUGUCAUGUAGACGGGAAGGACCAAACUUUAACACUAAGGAAAGCAUUUCGCAACGGUGUUCCGGAUCCUUCCACAGAAGUGACAUUGAGAGCUAUUGAUAUUAAGAGCCUGAAAAUUAUAUCAGCUGUUGAUGAUGUGGAAUCACUAGGAUCCUCACAAAGUGUUGUUACUGUAACAAAACCAAUUGCAAAACGACGACGUUCCAUGAGUGAAAGUUUGGCAACUACAAAAACUUCUCAACUUCGUGAAUCACCACGUAAACUUGCAGAUGAUUCUGGCAUACGCCAGAACACUGUUAAUGAAGGGAGCAGAACACCCAGCAAAAAGGACAGAGCUCGCCAGAAAAUGUCAGAAAGAGAUGAAGCUUGCUUUGGCUCAUCAGUUGACAACAUAUUAGGCCAUGAAUUUGAUUUUGAAAAAAAUUUAGCAUUAUUUAAUAAGAAGGCAAUUUAUGAUGAGAUCAAUGCAUCACAAAGGCCUGAUGUGAUUCGACAAGCAGACUUUGCAAAACGAAAUCAAAAAUAUCGCCAUUAUGAAAAUGUUAUAGAAAGCUCACCAGCUUCAUACAGACAAAUUAUAGUACCAGCACCAGGGUUGGCAGAAUAUGUCACAGAUGAUGGUUUGGUCAUCCCCAGUAUCAGUCUAGAGUUGCGUUGUGAUCUGCUCCGAGCUGCCGAAGAAAGAGGACUGACAGCAGAACGACAGAUAGAGCUCAUGGGCCGUGCAGCUACUGAAAUGGCUCUGCAACUUUUAGGUGGUGGGCACAGGCUCAACCCUCACAAUGUUCACCAGUGGCCAACUGUAGUAGCAUUAUGUGGCCCACAUCGUCAGGGUGCAUAUGCUAUAAGUUGUGCUCGGCAGUUGGCUAGCCAUGGUGUGAAAACAGUUGUAUUUCUACUGGAUCAACUCAAUAUGGUGCCAGAAGUUAGAACUGAACUUCAGCUUUAUAAGUUUACAGGAAACACCAUCCUUACAAAUACUGAAGACUUACCAUCACUGGCUAUUGAUUUAAUCAUUCUGGCACUUUUGGAUGAGCAGUCCAGCACACCUGAAAGGAACUUUGUUAACUACAUGCCUGCAGCAAUGUGGGCAAAUGAGUGUCGUGCUCCUGUUCUUGCCCUGGAUCCACCAGCUGGUGGGACAGCAUUUGUUGACACUAAAUUCUCAUUGCUUCCAUUUUUGCCACUUGCUCACAGUUCAAAUAAUGGAAAGCUUUAUCUUUGUAACCUUGGGUGUCCACAACAGGUUUUUGAGGAAAUUGGUAUCAAAUACACAUCACCUUUUGGACCAAAGUUCGUGAUACCUCUUCAUGUGAAUGAUACAUGAACUUCAUGCUUCUUUUCAGUUGAAACUACUACUCUCUGAUGAUGACAAAGCAUUGAUCAGGUUUUUUGGCAUUUUUGAAGAGAAAAGGUGUUAUCAAACACUGGCAGACUGUGAUUUAAAUAAGAUUACUCUAAAAUCUACACAUUUUCAUGGGGCCACUUAAUCAAAAGGAAGAGAAAAUAAUUUCAGAUGUGGAGAGAAGUGUGUGGGGAUACCAGUCAUUGAAGAAACGUGUAUCUUUGCAUCAAAUAAAUUUUAAAUUGUAAUUUUG